CAAACAUUGACACAAACACUGAAAGAACAAAACAACAAAACAGAAAAGAGAAAAAGAAUCAUGGGUGGUGCGAUUCCAGAAAACCUAAACAGAGAACAGUAUGUGUACCUAGCAAAACUCGCAGAACAAGCUGAACGCUACGAGGAGAUGGUCUCCUUCAUGCAGAAGCUUGUAGUGGGGUCCACACCAUCAUCAGAGCUUAGCGUCGAAGAGAGGAACCUCAUAUCCGUCGCUUACAAGAACGUGAUCGGAUCGCUACGUGCUGCGUGGAGAAUCGUUUCUUCGAUUGAACAGAAGGAAGAAGGUAGAAAGAAUGAAGAUCAUGUUGUGCUUGUGAAGGAUUACAGAUCCAAAGUUGAAUCAGAGUUGACGAAUGUUUGUGGUAGUAUUCUGGAGUUGUUGGAUUCGAAUCUUAUACCUUCAGCUUCUUCGAGUGAAAGUAAGGUUUUUUAUUAUAAGAUGAAAGGUGAUUAUCAUAGGUAUUUGGCUGAGUUUAAGAUUGGUGAUGAGAAAAAAUCUGCUGCUGAGGAUACUAUGUUGUCUUACAAAGCUGCACAGGAUAUUGCUGCUGCGGAUCUUCCAUCAACUCAUCCUAUAAGAUUGGGUUUGGCUCUCAAUUUCUCUGUUUUCUAUUACGAAAUUCUCAAUCAAUCUGACAAAGCUUGUGACAUGGCCAAACAGGCUUUUGAGGAAGCAAUUGCUGAACUGGACACAUUGGGAGAAGAAUCCUACAAAGACAGCACACUUAUAAUGCAACUUUUGAGAGACAACCUCACCCUUUGGACUUCUGAUGUCCAGGACCAGCUAGAUGAGCCUUGAUUAUCCCUUAUAGGUUGAUGGGUCGUAUUCUUCCUCUGAAGGAGGUGGGCUACGAAUGUCAUUUGUGCGUCAAUUAAGAAUCGCCCUAAUUUAUAAAUUGAUUGGCAAUCUGUGAUAUAGUGCCGUAUGGACCAUACUUUUUUAUGUUUGUUUUUUAUGUCUCGUGAUUUGGAUAUAUUGUCUGAAUGGGAGAUCCAAUUAAAUUAUAUCUGGUACAAUCUUCUUUUUUCGUA